GGCAACCCUGUUUCUGGCUGUCAGUUCAGUUCAGCAGGAGUGGGACUGGUUUGGUUUGUUGGCAUCGUUUCGUUUGUGUCUCUGUACCACUGUAAUAUUUGAGUUUUAAAGUGAUACGAUGCCUUUUAGAGUAAUUAUUUUAAACAUUCUUCUUGAAACCAUGGUUUCUUCAUCUAUUAACUCAAGUGAAUCCCCAGUGUCUUGAGUACACAUAAUAUUUAGUACUUAAAUAUCCCUUAGAGUAAUUUUAAUUUCUUCCAUAUUUAAAUAUUAUUUUUCUUUUGAAGUUAAUGGCAACCCCCAUUUUCGUCCAUUGAGACAAUCUUAUCAUUUCUGCUCAAGAUAAAAUCAUUCAAGCUUUGAUUUUCAGGCAAGACAGUUGCUUGUUUCUAAUCAUUUCUAUUCUUUAGCCUUAAGAGCUUGUUUCUCUUUUGUUUACUUUCUACGCAAUAUAAUAAAGAUGGCAUCCAGUGACCCUGAACUCAAGGAUGGAUUUACACUACCAGUAUGGAUGAAGACCAAACCCACUAGGGAGUUUGAACCGUUUGCUGCGUCGCCGCCAGCGCCUGAGGACAAUUUCUUUUACAUCCGCUACCCGAAGACAGAAAUGUUGUUCGGCAAGAAGAUAGAACAAGAGCUGCCGAAGCUAGUUACCGAUCCGAUGAAGGAGGUGCCCUCAGCCUCGCACGGGUUCAAGGAGAGGGAUUGGUCCAAGCACACCAAGCCUUGCCAAGACGUCCUCCACGGCAUUGCACCCAUCAAUACUGCAGUGAACCCAACGUCGAAGCCGAAGCCAGCUGGAACAGACGAUGGGUUCAAAGGCGAGGGCGCGGCUUGCGGCAAUUCCAUCGUUAAGGUGGCUCACCAGAUGAUCUCAUCAACGCGGUCGCCGCGCGGCUUCACGGUGGCGUCUCCGUCAGAGGAUGCGCAGGCGCCGGACCCGAGCGGCCAGUACAACCUGAUGGCGCGCCGCGGCAGCAAGAGUCUCCCCGCCACUCCCGCGCACUCGCCCAACUCCAGCCCGACGCGGAGGAGGAAGAAUUAUAACCGGUACUUCACAUCUCCGUUCGAGCCGACAGAGGACGCGGCGAGUCGCUCGUGGCUGACCAUGGCGCUGCUCGGCUUCAAGAAGGAUCUCACUACAUCCACCUCCACGCUCGCUGAGGAGGAAGACACCAUCGAGAACAGACUACACGGUGCGAGUUCCCUCGCCCAGUCGGUAGAGAGCCUCGGGCCGGCGCCCGCACCCAAAGUCGCUGAGCCCAAGCUGCUAUCCAACGACGUAACAUCCCAAGCCAAGCCGAAGCCCCAAACCUUCCGCCCUAAGCCGUCAGAACUCCGAGAGAUGAACUUCUGGUCGCCAACAUCAAUGUAAUGAAAAACAGGGUACAUUUGUACUGUAGUCGUAGAGUAUUUAUCACUCGUGUUUAUGUUGAGUAGUUGGAGUUUAUUCGCAUGUCUACGGUAUUACGAUUGACGUUUGAUAUUAAUUAAUAAUUAUUAUAUUGUUAAUGGAUAAAGUAAAUUAGUCACUAAAGUAGUUCAAAAACCAGAAAGCAUGCUCCACUAAGUAGUAAUUUUCAUAAUACUGCAACUCAUUGUUAACUGUAAGCUCGCGAUCUUGAUACCAUUCUAUGCGAAUUUAAAGUGUUAUUGAAAUAUCUCGUGCCAAUAUCUUUUGAAAGUGUUUGACAUUACUUGUCGUUCAAGUAGCAAGCUGUAUUGUACUACUCAACUUGAAAUGCGGUGUUGACUUAUCGAGCGUAUUAGCAUGACUGAUAAAGGUGGGUCCACAUAUGCAUCACUAUCGUGUCGUAUCUUUAAAGCGUUUAAUAACUGCGUCCACACUAGCGAUCAUAAUACGUAUAUACGUAAUAAAUCGUCGUAUGAUUAAAUCAGGAGAUUGACACGUAUGUGGGCCCAGCUCAACGUGACUACACUCACGAACCAUAGCUAAGAGGCCGAUUGGACUAGCACUUGUAAAUCAAAUUGCACUUUACUAUCUCAAAAAGGAUCAGUUCAUUGUAACGAUGAAUUUGUAGAAGGACCGUUAAAUAAUUUGGUUUUAAAAUGCGUACCAGUUAUCAUAGAUUUUUAAAACGCUAAAGUGUGAUUUUUCCAAACGAAUUGGACAAUAAUUUAUUGUAUCUGUUAAUAAUUAUUAUUUUCGGGAAUUAUUUGUUUAAAAUGUAAGCUCUCUAGACUAUGAAUUUAUUGGGUAAAUGUUAUCUCGAAGUACCCCGAGUCUCGUAGUAAGCUAUCUCGAAUGCGGAUUUUGGAAAGUAAAGUGCAGUUUAUAUACAACGAGUGUUUGCCUCAAACUAUUCCACUAAAUAUAAGCCUGUCUUGGUUUUUUCCGUCUAUGUAAGUUGGUAUAAACGAUCGAUAGUUUUCAUUGAAACUAUAUCGUACCCUGUUUUUCAUAUGUCAUUAUUAUUGAAUGUUUUGAUGUAUGUUGUCGCAUAAUAUUAUGUUAUGACAAGCUUCAAUAGUAAGGCCUAGUUUAGUAACAGUACAAUAGUUUUAAAUGCUAUCAUUGUUCACUAUCUACUUACUUUAUUGUUAUUUUAAGUAUUUUGUGAUGUUUUGUAUGGGAAAUCCAUUUGGAAAAUGUAUUUUUGGAUGUCGUCUUUUUGUAUGCAUGAAUAAUGAUAUGUUAUGAUGUGUUAGUAUUAAAAAUUGUAUGUGCGAACUGGACUGUGGUCGAGUCUUCUUCUAUUAAGUAUUAUAAGUAAACUUGUUUAUGUCGUAAAUUAUUGA